AUGGCUCCAACGUCAUCAUUGGUGGCUAUUCAACGAUCGUCUUGGCAGUCACAAGUGCCUUACCUCUUUGCUGGCCUUGCUGCUAUGUUUGGUCUCAUUGCAAUUGCGGUCUUCAUCCUCGUUUGCUCCUUCUGGAACCUCUCGCACUACACAGACAAUACUGAUGGUGAAAGAGACCUCGAGACUGGAAAUGGUGAUGAAGGCUCCACAAUUGAUAAUUACAACAAGGAGCCCCCAGUUGUAGAAGAGAAAUAUCUAGUAAUCAUGGCUGGAUUAGCAAAGCCAACAUUUUUGGCAAUACCCACUUUGAGCAGGCCAACAUCAAUUGGUACCUGUAGUUCCCUGAACAACUCAACGUCGUUGUCAAUGGAGAAAGCUUCAACGUCCAUGGUGGAAAUGGCGGAGAAGCAGAACCAAGGCAGUAGUAAUCAGCAACAAGUAAGGAACACAUACAACAACGAAAGUGAAGAUCAGGCCCCUUAG